CCUUCAGAUACUAUGAGCGGUGGUGUCUACGGCGGUGACGAGGUAGGUGCUAUCAUCUUCGACGUCGGACACCAGAGCCUCCGCGUGGGAUAUGGCGGCGAGGAUACGCCGAAGGCCGAAAUCCCGACGACCCUCGGGGUGUGGGAGGAACCCGCCGACUCCAGCGGGAUUGAUUGCAACAAGAAGCAUUACAACGUCGACGUCACGGCUAUCCAAGUGCGAAAAAAGGAUAUGGAGAUAGUGAGCCUGAUGAAGGACGGUAUGAUCGACGAUUGGGACAUGUUUGAACGACUGACUGAGUAUACAUACAAGCAACGAUUGCAUGCCUUAUCCGAGCAUCAUCCGAUCCUAAUGACCGAGUGUCCGUGGAACACCAGAUUGAAACGCGAGAAGUUAUUAGAGCUCAUGUUCGAGAAGUUCAACGUGCCGGCUAUGUAUAUCUGCAAGAAUGCCGUUUUGGCUGCUUAUGCAAACGGUAGAUCUACGGCGAUGGUCGUGGACAGCGGUGCCACACACACUAGCGCAGUGCCAGUUCACGAUGGUUACGUUAUCACUCAAGGAAUUGUCAAGAGCCCUUUGGGUGGCGAUUUCAUCACUAUGCAAUGUAGACAGUUCUUCGAGGAGAAAGACAUUGAACUGGUACCAGCUUGUCUUGUCGCCAACAAAGAUGUAGUACGAGAGAGAGAUCCUCCUCGCUGGACGAAACGACCCGGACCGCAACCAUCAUCGUCUUGGCUGAGUUACAUGGUGCGAGAAUUGCUACAGGAUUUUCAGAUGAACUGUUUACAAGUAUCGGAUAGUCCCUAUGACGAAGAUAUGGCAAAUACUCUACCCAUGAAGCAUUAUGAAUUUCCGACUGGUUACAACGAUGAUUUCGGAUCUAUAAGGCUCAUGAUACCCGAAGCUCUCUUCGAUCCUAGUAAUGUUAAGGGUGUAGGCGCGAGUAUUUUAGGAGUUGGCCCUCUGGUCACCACAAGUGUCGGAAUGUGCGAUAUGGAUAUCAGACCAAGUCUGUAUGGCAGCGUAGUGGUGACCGGCGGCAAUUCUUGUCUUCAGGGCUUCAGUGAGAGACUGAAUCGGGACCUGGCCAGUAAAACCCCACCGAGUAUGAGACUGAAAAUAAUCAGCGCAAAUAGCUCAAGCGAGCGACGUUAUGGUGCUUGGAUUGGUGGCUCGAUCCUCAGUUCUUUGGGCUCAUUCCAGCAAAUGUGGCUGUCGCGUCAAGAAUAUGAGGAAUCCGGCAAACUCAUUUUAGAAAGAUGCGCGUAA